AUCGUGAAACGUACGAAGUACAUAAAGGGACUUCAUUCAUUGAAUAACAAUACAUAAGAGAGUCCCAAACACAAAAUCAACAUCGUACAAUCAGCUGAGAGAGCGUACACCCAAAUAAAAGUCACCCGCGAUACAUAUAGAAUGAACGUCUUUUCCAGAAGUGCAGUAAACAGCCUACGGCGGAGUGCGUUAUCCCUCGGAUUGCUCAAAAGUGGUUCCCUGUACAAUCGCGCGAUCCCUCCCCUGCUGGUGGCCACUCGGAACAACUGCUAUCUGGACAUGAAACCGAAGGUGUACGUCACCAGAAAUGAUUACGCCCGCAUCGGGUUGGAUCUGCUGAAGGAAGAAUGUGACCUCUCAAUCUGGGACGAAGCUUACCCGGUGCCGAGAGAUGAGUUCCUGAAGAACGUGGCCGGGAAGGAUGCCAUCUUCUGUUCGCUGAAUGAUCGCAUCGAUAAGGAGCUGCUGGAUCAGGCCGGACCCAGCUUGAAAAUUGUGGCAACGAUUUCGGUGGGAUUUGACCACAUUGACGUGAAGGAAUGCCGUGACCGAGGGAUACGAAUUGGUUACACUCCGGAGGUCCUAACAGAUGCCACAGCCGAGCUGACUGUGGCGCUUCUGCUGGCAACGGCUCGUCGCCUAUUCGAAGCCAACAGAGAGGCUCACACUGGAGGGUGGAAAAGUUGGUCCCCGAUGUGGAUGUGUGGAACUAGCAUCAAAAAUUCCGUCGUAGGAAUCUUCGGCUUCGGUCGAAUCGGACAGGAAGUGGCCAAACGUAUAGCUCCGUUCAAACCAGCUCAGAUUCAGUUCACCAGCCGGACGGACAAGUGCUUGACAGCGGAGGAUCUCGGGGCCACGCAAGUCCCAUUCGAUGAGCUGAUCGAAACCAGCGAUUUCAUCAUCAUUGCUUGCUCGUACACCAUGGAGACGGCCAAUCUGUUCAACGAUUCCGUCUUCUCGCGCAUGAAACCGUCCGCAAUACUGAUCAACACCAGUCGCGGCGGAGUGGUCGAACAGCACGAUCUGAUCCAUGCCCUGAAGGCGGGAAAGAUUCAGGCUGCGGGUUUGGAUGUAACCACACCGGAACCGCUUCCACUGGAUAGCCCUCUACUACAGAUGAGCAACGUCGUUAUUCUGCCGCAUAUUGGAAGUGCCGAUGUGGAGACUCGUACGGAGAUGUCUCGCAUCACCGCUUGCAACAUCUUGGCCGGUCUCAAGGGGGUUAAAAUGAUUUCUGAAGUCUAAAAAAGUGUAAUGAUGAAUCUAACUUAAUAGGAAUAUAUUGUUCGAGUGAAUAUA